AUGCUGUCAAUUUCGAACUGGGCCCGGGUCGUCUUUGUACCCGCUGAGCCGUUUGGAUUUCUACCAGAGCCUACCUACCGCACUGCCGUGUUACUCGGCUUGGCCCCUGUUUCCGUGUCGUCCUGUGUUGGGGACCAAACCGUUGGAAGCUGUGUAGGCUCAGAGGCUCAGCUAUGGCAUCGGGUCCAUCCAAACGGACGUGACAGUGCCCGUUCGCGACGUGAACGUUUGGGCGGCCGGAAGGUACCCCGCAACGAAGGGGAAGGAAAAAAGGGCAAAGGCUUCUCAAACGCCCAGCCUGUUCCGUAUGAGCAUGUGCAGCCGAUCCAGCGGCCGGACCGGAUGCGCGAACCCAAUGAUUCCCAGGGCUCCGGUGCCAGGAAAGACGCAGAACAGAAGCUCGGCGACAGGGAUUCGAAGACGGACAGGGCAGGGGAGCGGACGCCAGAGGAGGGUAACCCUGCAUGCAACUUGACAUCCGACUUAGGCAGAAGGGAGGGGCACAUCGGCGACCGGUCACCGAGCCUGCAGCACCGACCCAAUUGGAGGUCACCCCACCUGAGGGAACCUCUCUCGAAGCAGCGAUGUAAGUAG